GGGGGGCUUGGAACGUUGCAGGCCGCGGGGGGCUCCCGUCAUUGCGAGGUCAUGUGAUCGAACUGAACGCCCUGGGUUGGGGUCCGCCGGUGCCUGCCACCAGGCUCCGGACUCCCGCCUUUCUUCUCUCUAGGACACCCCGAGAGGGAGCAGGCGCUCGAGAUGGCACGGUGGAGUCAACGUGGCAGCGCUAAACGCCUCGUGCGGGUCGCCUGGCGCUGAAAUCCGCCCCCCCCCCGCGCCCAUUUCCAUCCACUUAAUGGGAUCGCCGGGCUCUUUUGCAGGGAGCGGGGUACACUCGGAAUAGCUUCAUGCGGACAAUCCUCGACCUGAAAUCACAGUCAGCGUGUCAGAUAGCUGGGGGGUUUAAUCUGGGAUUCUUCGUGUUGGGAUUUUAAUCUCCGCUACUGAGAAUGAUCCUAAUUUGAGAAAUUAUCGCUGCUCACAGUUCGUAUGGAAUCCAAUCGCCACCUCUCAUCUACUCCUUUGGAGAUUCUGCUGUUCCUGAACGGCUGGUAUUAUGCUACAUAUUUCUUGUUGGAGAUUUUCAUAUUUGUCUAUAAGGGACUGCUGUUGCCAUAUCCCUCUGCCAAUCUGGCUUUGGACCUGGUUAUGCUUUUCCUCUACCUUGGUAUUGAAGUCACCAGGAUAUUCUUUGGGACAAAAGGAAAUCUCUGUCAGCGGAAAGUACCACUCUCCAUCAGCCUGGCACUGACCUUUCCAGCAGCAGUGAUGGCAGCCUAUUACCUGCUACUGCAGACCUAUGCUCUGCGCCUGGAAGCCAUCCUCAAUGCUAUCCUACUGCUCUUCUAUGCUGUUGAGCUGUUGCUGGGUAUUCUCACCCUGGCCGCCUUCUCCAGUUUGGACUCCUACUGAACUGCAAAUUGACCAAGCUUGUACUGCAUGGAACAGUAUAUUCUUAACCCAGAAAGAGGCUGCAUGAACCUUCCGUUGCUAUGGCUGGCUGUAGCUGAGCCCAGAUGAGGCUUGGGAUCCAGUUUCUUGGGGAAGCUGGAAGGAGACAGAACCACAUUCCAGCAGGAGGCUAUCAGCAGGAGUUUCAGCCUCACCCUUACAGUCCUGGAGAAUGGUUUGAACUUUGACUCCUGCAAGCCAAGAGAUGGUGGGCCAGUGGAUUCCUCCCAACCAGUUGAUUUUGUCAGUGAGUGCUGUGUACUUUAAAUUUUUUGAUGUGGGACUUGGUGUCUCCAGCAUGUAUGCAGUGACUCUUAUAGGGCCAUCCCUAACCAGCCCUUCCUAACUACAUGUGGCCUCCUGUACGAUACCCCUGAGGGUGAUGAGGAACAGGGGCAGUAGGUUUCACACCCCUUUCCCAACUCAGUGUUACUGUGUAUGGUGGUGAUUUGUGGCACUUGGUUUUCUACUUCAUCCUUGAAAUAAAUAUUUAUUUUUCAACUA